GUGAUGGCUUUGUCUGUGCCUUCUGCCACCUGCACCUGGAGAGGCUGUUCUGCUUGGAAUCAGGCAACAGGUUAGUUAUCAGGACCAGCUCAGCUGUCAGAUGGCUGGGGAUUCUUUGCUCCGAAAGUGAGACUGACUCCUGGGAUCCCAUUGAUCAUCCUCUGCUCCCUGCUCCUGCUUUCUCCUCAUCCCAUCACUGCUGUCAGAGGUGUGGACAGACAAGCUGCCUCUCAGCCUCAGCAAAGUAGAGGAGCCAACAAUGGCGGCUGGGAAGGGGAGGGAGGAGACAGAAGCAGACAAGGAGGAGAUGAAUUCAGACUCAUUCUUCGCAGAGAACCAUGAGAGGAAAGCCAUGGUCGAAGGCCUUCAGGUCACAGUGCCCGACAAGAAGAAGGUGGCCAUGCUCUUCCAGCCCACUGUGCUUCGCUGCCACUUCUCAACAUCCUCCCAUCAGCCUGCAGUUGUGCAGUGGAAGUUCAAGUCCUACUGCCAGGAUCGCAUGGGAGAAUCCUUGGGCAUGUCCUCUACCCGGGCCCAAUCUCUCAGCAAGAGAAACCUGGAAUGGGACCCCUACUUGGAUUGUUUGGACAGCAGGAGGACUGUUCGAGUAGUAGCUUCAAAACAGGGCUCGACUGUCACCCUGGGAGAUUUCUACAGGGGCAGAGAGAUCACGAUUGUUCAUGAUGCAGAUCUUCAAAUUGGAAAGCUUAUGUGGGGAGACAGCGGACUCUAUUACUGUAUUAUCACCACCCCAGAUGACCUGGAGGGGAAAAAUGAGGACUCAGUGGAACUGCUGGUGUUGGAGUGGGUGUUUGUUGGCCUGGUGCUCCUGGGCGUCUUCCUCUUCUUCGUCCUGGUGGGGAUCUGCUGGUGCCAGUGCUGCCCUCACAGCUGCUGCUGCUAUGUCCGCUGCCCAUGCUGCCCAGAUUCCUGCUGCUGCCCUCAAGCCUUGUAUGAAGCAGGGAAAGCAGCAAAGGCCGGGUACCCUCCCUCUGUCUCCGGUGUCCCCGGCCCUUACUCCAUCCCCUCUGUCCCUUUGGGAGGAGCCCCCUCAUCUGGCAUGCUGAUGGACAAGCCGCAUCCACCUCCCUUGGCACCAAGUGACUCCACUGGAGGAAGCCACAGUGUUCGCAAAGGUUACCGGAUCCAGGCUGACAAAGAGAGAGACUCCAUGAAGGUCCUGUACUAUGUUGAGAAGGAGCUGGCUCAGUUUGAUCCAGCCAGAAGGAUGAGAGGCAGAUAUAACAACACCAUCUCAGAACUCAGCUCCCUACAUGAGGAGGACAGCAAUUUCCGCCAGUCUUUCCAUCAGAUGAGAAGCAAGCAGUUCCCUGUGUCUGGGGACUUGGAGAGCAAUCCUGACUAUUGGUCAGGUGUCAUGGGAGGCAGCAGUGGGGCAAGCCGCGGGCCCUCAGCCAUGGAGUAUAACAAAGAGGAUCGAGAGAGCUUCAGGCACAGCCAGCCGCGCUCCAAGUCCGAGAUGCUGUCGCGGAAGAACUUCGCCACGGGGGUGCCGGCCGUUUCCAUGGACGAGCUGGCGGCCUUCGCUGACUCCUACGGCCAGCGGCCCCGCCGGGCCGACGGCAACAGUCACGAGGCGCGGGGCGGGAGCCGCUUCGAGCGCUCGGAGUCGCGGGCGCACAGCGGCUUCUACCAGGACGACUCCUUGGAGGAGUACUACGGUCAGCGCAGCCGCAGCCGUGAGCCCCUGACCGAUGCUGACCGCGGCUGGGCCUUCAGCCCCGCGCGCCGCAGACCCGCCGAGGACGCGCACCUGCCGCGGCUGGUGAGCCGCACGCCAGGCACCGCACCCAAAUACGACCACUCGUACCUGGGCAGCGCGCGGGAGCGCCAGGCGCGGCCCGAGGGCGCCAGCCGCGGUGGCAGCCUGGAGACGCCAUCCAAGCGGAGCGCGCAGCUCGGCCCGCGCAGCGCCUCCUACUACGCUUGGUCGCCGCCCGGCACCUACAAGGCCGGCUCGUCGCAGGACGACCAGGAGGACGCGUCCGACGACGCGCUGCCGCCCUACAGCGAGCUGGAGCUGACCCGCGGCCCGUCCUACCGCGGCCGCGACCUGCCCUACCACAGCAACUCGGAGAAGAAGAGGAAAAAGGAGCCCGCCAAGAAAACCAAUGACUUUCCAACCAGGAUGUCCCUUGUGGUCUGAUGUUGUCAACAUUUCUCUGGAUAAUGAGAAAUCAGACAUGGACUACGGGGACAAGACAUAAAUCCAAGAACCAGCAGGCCCAGGACCUUCUCUGGCCAUCACCUUGGAAGAUUUGCUGAUCUCUGCUUUGGCAAGGGAUGGCAGGCAGCCUUUAAGGGAGGCUGAUUUCAAACCUCUGUGCCCAUCUAACUAGUUUGAGAAGCUUACCAAGAAAGCAAGAAUGUGUGAGAACAUUCCUACAUACAGAGUUUCUCAACUAUAGCGUUUAUCCUGCCCAGCCUCCUCCCUUAACAGAACCAGGACUCCAUUUGCAAUUCUGAAAGAGAGUUAGCUCUGGACUGCUAAACUCCAGAAAUUGCCUAUGCCUACAAUAUGCUUUUCUAUACCUCCUGUGCUAUACUUAGAGACAGAAGAAUUUAUUACUACUAUUAGAAGGCCUUCUUCUGACAAGGGAAGAUAGCUUCAAGUCAAAAUAUACCUUUUAUCCCCAUCACUUUCCAGUCACUAGUCAAUGACUGUUGUUACACUAAAAUCAAAAGGCCUUUGGUGAGCUCAGUGACAGUGACCUCUGGGACAAUCACAGAAAUGACUUCACUGCUGUUCUGAAUGACAAUUCUUAAGUGGCUAGGACAAAGCAAAAGCGAGUAUACCUUUUUGAAAAGCUGUCUAAGUGGUAUUUCCUUUUCCAUUCUGAGAACGUAAACUGCUUUUUCCUUUUCUGCUGCACAUGUCAAUAUCUGAGUCUUAGACAUUAAGGGCUCUUCUCUUCCUCCCCUCUCCUGGACUUCCCACAGGUUGGUGCCACACACAGAGCCCUGCCUCCCUCUGCACUCUGAUUAGAUUGUCAUUGAAUGCCUUGUGAUAAAUGCUUAAAAUAUACACAUGAAAGAGAAGAGGGAGGAAAGAGGAGAAAGCAGUAAUGCAUAUAGAAAAGAAUGAGAAGGAAUUUAAAAGGGAAAUAACAUCAUCUCAUUAUAUUUUGAAUGUGGACCAUUUCACCCACAAACUUCACUCAGUCUUUUCUGGUUUUGUGCUUCACUUGCCGUUAAUUGUUUCUGCCAUCCCAGUUCUGCCAUUCUAGGACAUGGGGGAUGUGGAACAUACAGCAUUUGGCCUGACUAGACUGCCACUAUGGCUGCUUUCAAGAGAUUAGAGAUACUGCUUUCUCAGGAAGGAGUACUUCCUAUUCCCACCCUUGCCUAAAUGAUAGAUUUUGCCUAAAUCCCAAAGCUAGAUCUCUGGAUUUUAUCGUUUGUGUAGAUAGCAAAAAUGGCCACAAACUCUUUCCUUCUCAUCAAGAGGUGCCAUCUUUUUUCCAACCCCUUGAAUCUGGAGUUGGCUAUGUGAUUUGAUUUAGCCAGUAGCCCAACAAAUGUGACACAAGCAGAGACUUGAAAAGUUCUUGUGCAUGGGGCUUGUCCUCUUUUGCUGCUCUUGGGAACCUUGCAACUACCAUCAGGUGAACAAGCCUGGACUAUCCUGCUGCAUGACAAAACAAAAGGGCCCAGUUACCCCUGUCACCCUAUCUGACAGCCCGUCAACUUCCAGCUGAUGCAGACAUGGGUGAGUCCAGGUGAUACCAAUAGAAGAACUGCCUAGCUGAACCCAGCCCAAAUUUCUGAUUCCUACUCGAGGCAUGAGAAGUUGAUGCAUUCUUUACGUUCAUUUCUCUUUAAGAACAAACCUGACUCGUUCUUGUCUGAAUGUUCAUCCCUGAACCUCUUACUCCAUCCAAACUUGUGUUUCUCAUAGCCUCCACUAUUGUUGACAGAUUUUUAUCAAAGCUUUUCACCCUGCACUCUUGUGGAGUGGAGGAUAAUGCUUGACUUUGCUAUCCCUUAAUCCAGCAGUGGUUUCUUCCCUGUCUGUGGAUCCGUGGACAACCUCUGAAGAUCUCUUCUUUACCAUCUUUUUGGUCUUCUCCAGAGCCACCCGACUGGAGCUAGACCCUAUUCUCAAAGUACCAUUCCUCUAGUAUCCAUUUGUACUUCAUGACAUUUCCAAAAAAAGUCCUAUGUUUGCAAUGAAAUAAGAAAGUGGCUGGGUGAGGGUCAGAGGGAUGAGCUGGUAUGUGUCAUUGCUUGGAGAAUUGACCUACCAAAGGACUUCCGUGUUGCUUUGGCCAGUCCCAGAGAAAUCGGGAGAACAGUUGAACCCAGUGCUGGCACUUCCAAGGGCUGGAAGACACAAGCCAUAACCCUGGUGCUGAGUUUUAGACUUGCUGGUGUCCCUGGCCUCUGAAAGCCUAGGUCUAGCCUGUCUGUUUGGACCCCAGUUCAGAUGGAAAAGAUGAUAAAAAACAUUUCUUAGUCACCAGCUUUGGAUUUCAACUUGCUCAGGCAAUUUUGGAGAAUAUUGGGUAGCUGUGGUAGCUAUUAUCGCUUUAUACUGAGCACUGUGUCAGGCUUUUCACCACCAAAGAGCCUCAUAGCACCAGCUUCAGAGACCAAAAAUAAUGUUUUUUUUAAAGCUACAGACGUAUGAUUUUGGUGAAGGUUGAGGGUAGCAAUGGGAAAGAAUUAAAGAAUUAUUAAAAUUGGAAACCUGCAAUUCCAAAGACAACAAAACUACAGAUAGACUGAAAAGUACAAAGAAGAUAGCAGGCUACUGAAUUAACCUUGGGAGUUGGGACCAGGUUGUCCUUUGUAGAACUGGAUAAAUCAUUCAGACUUCCAGGCUUUCAGUAGAGAGAAAAAGCAGUUGUUUCUGGGUAUAUGGACAGGAGUUAAGGCUGAGUUGACAAGUCAAAACUUCUUGUCCUCAGCACCCCUGACUUUCCUCUAUGUGUCCUUUUGUUUAUUCUCCCUUGAAUAGUGUGUCCUGAAUAGGAAAUGGUUAUAUUUGUUAGCUUCUUUCCUAGGUCUUAUUGGGGUACAAAGUAAAUCUUGUGUAAGACAUAAUCUCUGUCCACUAGGACCCCGUAAUUUAAUAGGGGAAAUAAGACAUGCUCAAGAAAGGAGAUUUUAUACAUAGAGUAUGAAAUAGUGCUAUGGAUAAAUUAUAAUAAAACCAGAGAUUUAGUUUUUUUAAAAACUUAAA